UAUUUCAAUGUCAGUGUUUUGAAAUGGCAAGUGUGAAUAACGUGCUAGAAUCGGUACGGGAGGAUGAUUUUAUCAAAUAUUUCCUAUUUCCCGAUAUAAAUACCAAUGACGAAAAGGAGCAAGAGGUGCUUCUUUCCAAAAUUUUGGAAAAAGCGAACAAAAUCAUCGAAAAUUUUACCGACAACUAUUUAUGGCACAAAGACGAGUUCAAAUUGUCCCCCAGGACAUCGAUCUCAAAUUCAUUAGGUUUUAUUGAAGGAAACAAAGAGCCUUUGCCACCACAUUUAUAUGGUGUAUCCCAUUAUGGAGACAACAUAGAAGAUGAAUGGUUUAUGGUAUUUCUCCUACUUCAGCUGACCAAAGAGAUGAAAGGGCUAAUCGCAAGAGUCUACGAUGUUGAUGGGGAAUUUUUGUUGAUUGAAGCUGCUGACUAUUUGCCCAGCUGGGCCAAUCCAGAAACAUGCGAAAACAGGGUGUAUUUAUACGAUGGAGACAUACAUCUUAUCCCGAACGAAACAUCUGAGGACACCGAACUGUCAGUAACAUCCGCCCUCUCCGUCAUCAGAGAAGAUCCAACCAAAACCCUUACCUCGCCUGACAUCCAAAACUCCAUCAAAAACAAAAUCAGCGGCUAUCCUGCUAAAAUCCGAGAAAACCUCCACCACGUUACCGUGUAUGUUCCGGUGGGCGUGGCCGCCCUCCUAAGGGAGAAACCCAACCUCAUAGCGCCCGCGGUGCAUUCUUUCUGCAACCGGGACUCUGUUGAUUUGAAUGUCUGCCGUGCCAUGAAGUACUUCCCUCCGGAAAGCAGGGUUAAGAGACGCGUUGCCUUCACUAAGUGCUUGUAUGCCAUGCUGAAGCACAGCAAGUACGUCCCAGACCGUCGGACAGGUUGGAACUUGCCGCCACAGAGCUCGGGAGAGUUCAAACCGCACAGCUUGGGGGUCAAGGUGGCCUGUGGGUUCGAAAUUCUAGCAUCUCAGGCGACACCUUCCGCAUCUGUAGAGUCGGAUAAAGCCUGGCACAACUACUUCAAGAGCCUGACGGAGCGGGGCUACUUCAGAGAGCUUUUGGAGCACUCGGUAGAGUACAAUAACUUACUGAACAAGGCCAAGGAGUACUACGUCGAACACAGAGACAGUAUGCGGUACAGCCCUGCGAUUGGACAAGAGAUUCUCAGGCUGACGAGAGUCCUGGAUUGCGACGUCGAACAGUUUCGCAAGGAGGAAUCCUGUUUACCAAAGGACGAUGACGAAACCUGGCUGGACAUCAGUCCCGAAGAGUUGGACAAGAUGCUGCAGGAGAGAUACGGGCAGAAGAAGACAUUCAGCGUCAAUAACAACACUGAUCCAGCUUCUUUCACUGAGAAGAUAUCUUCGUUUUUGAACCACGUGUCGGACUUGGACGGGGCCGAGUUUCCGGACCGAGAAGAUGACUCUCCUGUUCGUCCGCCUAGGCGCAAGAACAAAAGCAAGGUGUCCUUCUCCCAAGACACGAAAACCACCCAACAAUCAACAAACAACAAGAUCAACUUCGACCCUAAUUCGUUUGCGUGCGCUGUUCAAAACAUCCUCAACUUCGCCAUCCCCGAAGACGAUUCGUGGGACCUCGACUCGGGUUCAGAUAUGAGCGAGUAUGAAGAAGAUAAUUACGUCAAGGACCAGUCGUACGAGGAGGUCAAGACGAAGAUGCAGCAGUACAUGGAAGAGAUGGACAAGGAGCUCGCCCAGACGACGAUUGGCGACAGCUUCGUGAAGAAGAAGAACGGGGAUUCGUUUGAUGAUAUCGAGAGUUUCAAGCCGGUCGAUAUUGACGUGAACGCUUUGAAGAAUAUCUUGGAGAGUUACAGGGCCCAGCUCGGCGAGGCUGGCCCGUCUAGUAACUUGCUGGGUCCGAUGGGGGUCAGCUUGGAUGCCAAGGAGGAUAUGGAUAUGGCUUGAGGAGCUUUAGAGUGUUUUUCGGGGCUUUACGUAUGUCCCCUGAUUGUAUGAGAUGUUGUAACGGUAUUGGGUAUUAUUAGCCAGUUCAUGAGAUUGCGAUAAUGAAGUAGUUUUGCCAGUUUUCUACAAGAAAAUUUUUCAAAUGAGAAAAGUGAUCGUUCUUAAUUUAUUCAUAUUCUUAACAAUGCUGUUUCUGGUAAAACAAUAGAAAAUUUUCAGUUUGACAACUUAUAAUUUAUGCAAAUCCAUAAUUUUUGAAAUUUUGCUGAGGAAAUGACUGGAAUGUAAAAUAAUAUGAUCAUAGAUCGAAGCGUUUAUUUAGAAAAAUCAAAAGACAAUAUAAACUCCUAAAACUAAGUUUUAGAGGCCAAAUUUUAGGAUAGGUAUAUCAAUUGAAAAAGGAGAAUGAAUGUUUCAUAAACUAUACCUCAUUGUUUGAUCUCCACAAACUUUGUUUGAAAUUACUAUAGAUCUUCAUCAAGUAACGGCCGAAUCAACAAAAAAAAAAGUAUAAAACGUUUAAUAAUGAAUAAUGAACUUCAGUUUCAUAUGAUGCAUGUGAAAACUUCUAAUCUUCAGGUGUUUCACUCGUAAGUAGGUUUUGUUAGGCUGGCUAAUAAUACAACUUCAGGGUAUGGAGAAAUCCACAUGAAAGUAGCUUUAUUAUACUCCAAAAUAUAUAUGAUAUUAGUUUUUCCGAGUGUAUUCCAAACUAAAGUCUAAAUUAUUCAUAUGAAGGUAUUUACUAUAUUUUGCUUGCAUUGAAAAUUAGUAGAGCGCAUUAGUAUGUUUCUGACAGCCUUGUAAGCUAUAAGAUGAAUAUUUUUGUGAUUAUCCUUGAUAACUAAGUACAUUAUUGUAUCCGGAUUAGAUUUAUUCGUUCUCGGUGGAACAGACCAUAUCUCAUUUGACAAAAGAGGAGGCAUUCAGCGUACGGUCGGCAACUUUAUAUCAGAGACAAUUGUUACAAAUUCUAAAAUCACUGACAGUUUGCAGUCAGCUUGACUGUAAGAGUAACCCAUCAUUAUAAUACGAAGUGUCUCCCUUUUUUCAAAUAAAAUAAGAUCCCUUAUAAUUUUUUCCCUACAGUCUUCCAAGUUAUAACAGAAAAAUUUCAUAUUCACCUUCACAAAUUUCCUCCUCAGUAACCAUUUUUUUAUAGUUUUACAAAACAAAAUCUUUGGCAAUCGAGACUGAUUUCAAGUGACUUAUUUUAUCAUUCUCCCAUUAAAAAAAUAUUCUACUUUAGGUCUAGUCUAGUCUUAUACCGCAUAUUAUAAGUUUUUUAUACGUUUUUGUUGUUUCAUUUGUACCAGUGAAUUUAAUAAAUAACACGCAAAAAU